AAUCCGUAGCGAGAGCGGAACCUCAGGAAGUGCAAACUAUUGUAGACUACUACGAGACCGUAGUGGGAUUUAAACGAAAUAAAAAUAUAGAAAAAUACACUGUGCUAUAAUCCGCUUUAAACGUUUUUACUUUAUAAUUUUGUUUCUGCCAUCAAGAUGCCACCCAAAAAAGGCAAAUCUGUACAGAACAACAAAGAAUUGAAGCCUGUUAUAAAAAGUGCCUCUCCGGACAAGACGGAAAAUCAAGAAUUGUCUAUUGAAAAGCACAAAGACAAGGAUGCUGAUUUUGUGACUGUAUGCAAAAGCCUCCGAGUAACGGACUUGGUUUGUGAUCGAGCCUGGUCACUAUGGAAGAAAAUUCAGGGCUCAAUGGACAAAGUUCCGGACACCCAGCAGAGGGUAUGGGGUGCGUGUCUGUUUGUGGUUGUGACAGACCUGGAUGUGACCAGUUUUACCUUCACACAGAUCCAGAAGGCUGUGGAUAUGAAUGUGAACGAGUUCCUGGGUCUUCUGAAGAAGAUGGACGUGAACUUGGACACCAUCAGCACCAAGGUGAACUCGGCGCUGACUCGACUGGAGAAGAGAUACGACGUGUCGCUCGCUCUAUACCAGAGGUUUGAGAAGACUUGCAGCAAAAUAUAUACCAAGGACGAAACCGAGAGGAAAGAGAUCUUGCAAAGCUGCUGGACGAUGUUCUUGUUGGCUAAAGGAAAGGCCCUGCAGAUGGAGGACGACCUGGUCAUUUCCUUCCAGCUGCUGCUGUGCGUGCUGGAGUUCUUCAUCAAACGCUGUCCGCCCGGCCUGCUGCAGCCCCUCUACAAAUCCGCCAUCAGCACGGCCCACAGCCCCCCCACGCGGGCGUCCCGCCGCAACCAGAACAAAGCCAAACCCCGCCCCCCCGAGGUGGACGUGCAGCUCCUGGAGACCUUAUGCAAAGAGAACGACUGCAGCGUCGAAGAGGUGAAGAAUGUGUACCAGACCAGUUUCUCUGCCUUCCUUGAAUCAAUGAGCCUCUCAGGAACCCAAGGUCUUCCUCAGGCAAAUGACCUGAGCAAGCAAUAUGACGAGAUGUACCUCCACACCCGAGACUUUGACGGUAGACUGUUCCUCGACGGAGACACAACGUUGCUCAGUCCCAAGACUCAACCAAUGCAGGUGGAGAGAACGCCUAUGAAGAACCGACCGGAAGACGACCAGGUCAUCAUCCCCCCGCAGACGCCAGUCAGGGCUGCCAUGAGCUCCAUCCAGCAGCUGAGAGUGGACCUGACCUCGUCUGGAGACCAGCCCUCCGCCGUGCUGGCCGUCUAUUUCAAGAACUGCACGCUGGAUCCCACUGGGGAGAUCCUGCAGCGGGUGGAGAGGCUGGGCCAGCUGUUCAGCCAGAUGUUCGACCAGGCCGUAGGGCUGCGCUGCGUGGGCCUCGGCAAACAGAGGUUCACCCUGGGCGUGCGGCUGUAUUACAGAGUCAUGGAGGCCAUGCUGAAGUCGGAAGAGAAGAGGCUGUCUGUGCAGAAUUUCAGUAAACUCCUCAAUGACUCCACAUUCCACACCUCGCUCCUAGCCUGCGCAUUGGAGGUUGUCAUGGCAACAUAUGGCGGGACCUCGUUUAAGAACGGGGGCUACAGCGGGGGGGCCGGGGCCCCCGCCGAGACGGACCUGGGCUUCCCCUGGAUCCUGGACGUGUUCCGGCUGGCCGCCUUCGACUUCUACAAGGUGAUCGAGAGCUUCAUCAAGGCGGAGCCGACCCUGAGCAAGGACAACGUCAAGCACCUGGAGCGCUGCGAACACCUCACCAUGGAGACCAUCGCCUGGAGGGGGGACUCGCCCCUGUUUGAGCUGCUGAGGCUGACCCACGAGGAGGGCCCCGGGGAGCAGGUGGAGCCCCCCUCCACCCUCAACCAGCCCCUCCAGCACAACCACACAGCAGCAGACCUGUACCUCUCCCCAGUGCGCCCCAGCACCAGGGCCCUGCCCCCUCCAGAGUCUCCCUCCACCCCCAGCUCCCAGCCCCCCUCCCAGGCACCUCCGCAGAACCCCAGGCAGCCCAAGUCCAAUUCUCUCAGCCUCUUCUACAAGAAACUUUACCGUCUGGCCUACAUGAGGCUGAAGGUGCUGUUCUCCAACCUGCUGACGUCUCACGCCGACCUGGAGCCCAUCAUGUGGACCCUGUUCCAGCACACCCUGCAGUACGAGUACGAGCUGCUGCGAGACCGUCACCUGGACCAGUUGAUGAUGUCUGCCAUGUACGCCAUCUGCAAGGUGAAGAAUGUCGACUUGCGGUUCAAAACCAUCGUGACUGCGUACAAGAACAUGCCCAACACCAACCAGGAGACAUUCAAGCACGUGCUGAUCAACGAGGGCCAGUACGACUCCAUCAUCGUCUUCUACAACCUGGUGUUCAUGCAGAGACUGAAAACCAACAUCCUGCAGUACGCCUCUCCCAGGCCUCCGACUCUUUCCCCUAUCCCACACAUACCCCGGAGCCCUUACAAGUUCCCAAACUCCCCCCUGCGCGUACCUGGGAGCAACAACGUCUACAUUUCCCCCAUGAAGAACUCUCGCAUGUCCCCUGGGGUCAUGACCCCUCGCUCAAGGAUGCUGGUGUCCAUAGGGGAGUCAUUUGGGACCACCAACAAGUUUCAGAAGAUCAAUCAGAUGGUCAACAGCAGUGAUUGGUCCUCCUUCAAGAGGACUCUGGAUCUGGGCUCCGCCCCCAAGCCCCUGAAGAGGUUACGCUUCGAUGUGGAUGGCCAGGAUGAGACUGAUGGGAGCAAAACCGGGGCAGAUUCAACACUGAUACAGAAGCUGGCUGAGAUGAGUUCCACUCGAAGCCGCAUGCAGGAACAGAAGAUGAAGGAGGACGCUGAGAAGGAGAAACCGUAGAUUCUACUGAAAGACUCUGCCCAACACUGUGCUGUGUUCAGCAAACAGAUCCAGCAAACAGCCUGACAUCCCAUCCUUCCUUGCCUACUUUUUAUUUUAUAAUUUUUUAUUAUUUUUUGUACAUUUGCUUUUUGGAGUAGUUAUAGAUGUGCUGUUUUUUAUAUAUAAACACUACUCCUUGAGAAGUGGUUUGUUAAUACAGAGAAGCUGUUCUCUUUAUUGUUUGGUGUUUAACAGAAACCUCUUUAAUUUUGUUCUCAUUGUAAUUGGAGACUUUUAGUACUACCAUAUUUUAAGAGUGACAUUAGUUUUGAGGGGUGUUUUAUACAAAAAUCAUUGUUUUGGACUUUCGAUAUCAAGUAGUCGACAUAAUGCAGCAUGAGGACAAGUCGUCAGUAAGGACGACCCCGUUUUGAAACAGUAAACCCGCUCAUUAUAUUAUUUUGUAUUUUGUUACAGAGGAUCAAUGCACCUUUAAGGACAUUCAACACUGAAUUACGUGACUUUACAACCUGUAACACACUCCACAAUAAUUAAAGGGGAAAAUAUACUCCACAGUAACAUAAGUUACUGUACCUUUUUUCAACUGAACAGUACAUUAUCUUGUAUUUAAAUCAUCCCUUCUCCAUCUUGACUCUUGAAUAGUAACAGAACAGUGAAAUGUAAAAAUAUGACCUAUAGUAUAUUUUCCCAAAGGGACAUGGUAGCACUUUAUAUUACUAUAUAUGAAUGAUCCUUUUAUUAUGUAGUGUAAAAGGUACUUGUUGAAAUAGUUUGGAAUUAACCAUUCAAAUAACGUGUAAUUGGUAGCUAUCUAUGACCUUAACUGCAGUGGUACCUACUUGGAAAAAGUGAAAGUAUCAUUUCGAUAAGUGCGUUUCACAGCCACGAGGGGACGCUGGAUUCUCGUUUUUUUUGGACAGUCCAGUGCUCUGUCUAAAGUAUGAGACUACCUGUACUUUUAAAGCUGUCUUUGUAGUUGACAUUAACCUAUUCGUCAAAGUCAAAUUACGCGGGUCUAAUGUCAUGGAGCGGCGAGUUUAUAUAAUGAACUGGAGAACGCGGUGACUCAAGUGGCGGGGCUGACAAUGAUUCCAUCAGGGACGUUCAGGAGGUGUUUUCGUAUCGUCGUCUGGAUUCCAGUCCUCGUUGUUACUUCGGUUGUGAUAUGGUCGUAUUAUGCCUACGUUGUUCAACUUUGUAUUUGUAAGUAGCGUAUAGUAGUCAACGAGGGCGAUUAAACGAUUUGCGUUCAUUGAGAGCCUAUAAUCCAUCAAUUAACUUGUUUUUAGUUUUUUACAGUUGUCUUCAGUUUUGUAACAUACAUCUGUGUUUUAAUUAAUUUGUUUUAAUUGUUUGCCUUGUGUUGAUGUUUUAAAAUAAUGCCAAACUUA